GUCACGCCUCAAUUGACCCGGGGCUCUCGACGACACGAUGCUGCAGCCCCGGAUAUGUCGCCUCCAGCCCUCGCGGCUCGCCGGCGCCCUGCGCUGCGCCCGCACCUACGCCCAGGCCCAUGCCAUGGACACUAACCCGCCGCCCUCGAUACAGCCCUCGGUCGCCGCCGACGGCGCGGUGCUGAAACAAGAAGGCUCCCGCAAGGAGAGGUUCAUUCCGCUGAGGACAUACAAGCCUCGCACGCCCGGCCUGCGCCACCUCAAGCGGCCCGUCAACGACCACCUGUGGAAGGGACGCCCGUACCUCAAGCUCACCAUUGCGCGCAAGGGACAGCACCUGGGCGGAAGGAACAACACCGGACGGGUCACAGUCAGGCACCGCGGCGGCGGCCACAAGCGACGCAUACGCAUCGUCGACUACAAGCGCUACCUGCCCGGCAAGCAUGUGGUGGAGCGGAUAGAGUACGACCCCAACCGCAGCGCACACCUGGCCCUCCUCACGCGCCUGGCCACGGGCGAGAAGUCGUACAUUAUCGCUGCCGACGGCAUGAGGGCAGGCGACGAAGUGGAGAGCUACCGAAGCGGCAUCCCCAAAGAGCUGAUUGCCAGCAUGGGCGGAGGCAUUGAUCCCGGCAUGCUGGCUGCAAAGACGGCGACUCGAGGCAACUGCCUGCCCAUCCACAUGGUGCCGCUGGGCUCCCAGGUCUACAACGUCGGCUCCAAGACCAAGGGCGGAGGUGUCUUUUGCCGUAGCGCAGGCACAUAUGCCACUAUCGUGAACAAGGAGGAAGUAGAAAAGGGCAGCGGCACAGAGAUCCAGUAUGUCAUCAUCCGACUACAGAGCGGCGAAAUCCGCAGGGUCAGUGCCGACGCGUGCUGUACCGUUGGCGUGGCCAGCAACCCGCAGGCACAGUUCGCAUCGCUGGGAAAGGCUGGACGGUCACGGUGGCUGGGAAAGCGACCAGAGGUCCGUGGUGUUGCCAUGAACGCAGCCGACCAUCCGCACGGUGGUGGUCGCGGUAAAUCAAAGGGUAACGUGCACCCCGUCAGUCCAUGGGGAACGCCGGCAAAGGGAGGCUACAAGACGAGGCACAAGAGGAACAAGCACACGUUCCUUGUGCAAGACCGACCGCGCAACCAAGGGAAGCGCAAGUCCAAGUAGAGGGCCCGCUGUGUCGACAUGGGCGCGUUCGCACUGUACUACAUUGCCUGAGUGGCAGCAUGCAUGAAUGCCAUGAAUGUACCUUGAUGGA